AGGAACUAAAGUUAGCUCACAAAUUCCCCACCGGGUGGAGUCUGAGCAGAAGUGCUCUGCAUUUCUCACCCUGAGUUCUGACCUGUAAGUUUUCAAGGAAAUCUUGAGAGAUUUUUCCUUUCAAUUCUUUUUUUGUUUUAAUAGGAGACUGGGAGCUGUGGACCCCAUCGUCGGAAUCCUAGCUGAGAAGCAACUUGUAAUGGAGCCCUCCCCUCUUGAGUUACCAGCUGACACAGUACAACGCAUUGCAUCAGAACUUCGAUGUCACCCGACAGAUGAGAGGGUCGCCCUCCGCCUUGAUGAGGAAGAUGAGCUGAGGCACUUCAAGGAGCAUUUUCAUAUCCCCAAAAUGCAGGAUCUACCUGUAGUUGAUUUAUCUUUAGUGAAUAAGGAUGAAAACGCCAUCUAUUUCUUGGGAAAUUCUCUUGGCCUUCAACCAAAAAUGGUUAAAACAUAUCUGGAAGAAGAACUAGAUAAGUGGGCCAAAAUGGGAGCCUAUGGUCAUGACUUAGGAAAACGUCCUUGGAUUACAGGAGAUGAGACUAUUGUAGGCCUUAUGAAUGACAUUGUAGGAGCCAAUGAGAAAGAAAUAGCCCUAAUGAAUGGUUUGACUGUUAAUUUACAUCUUCUACUGUUAUCCUUUUUUAAGCCUACACCAAAACGGUAUAAAAUUCUUCUUGAAGCCAAAGCCUUCCCUUCAGAUCAUUAUGCUGUUGAGUCACAGCUUCAACUUCAUGGACUUAACAUUGAGAAAAGUAUGCGGAUUGUAAAGCCAAGAGAGGGGGAAGAAACAUUGAGAAUAGAGGAUAUCCUUGAAGUAAUUGAGAAGGAAGGAGACUCGAUUGCAGUGAUCCUGUUCAGUGGGCUGCAUUUUUACACUGGACAGGUCUUUAAUAUACCUGCCAUCACAAGAGCUGGACAAGCAAAGGGUUGUUUUGUUGGCUUUGAUCUAGCACAUGCAGUUGGAAAUGUUGAACUCCACUUACAUGACUGGGGAGUUGAUUUUGCCUGCUGGUGCUCCUAUAAGUAUUUAAACUCAGGAGCAGGAGGUCUUGCUGGUGCCUUUGUCCAUGAAAAGCAUGCCCAUACAAUUAAACCUGCGUUAGUGGGAUGGUUUGGCCAUGAACUCAGCACCCGAUUUAAGAUGGAUAACAAACUGCAGUUAAUCCCUGGGGUCAGUGGAUUUCGAAUUUCAAACCCUCCCAUUUUGUUGGUCUGUUCCUUACAUGCUAGUUUAGAGAUCUUUAAGCAGGCAACUAUGAAAGCAUUGAGGAGAAAAUCUAUUUUGCUCACCGGUUAUCUGGAAUACUUGAUCAAGCAUUACUAUGACAAAGAUAAAGCGGAUACCAAGAAACCGUUUGUGAACAUAAUUACUCCAUCCGGCAUAGAGGAUCGCGGCUGCCAGCUUACACUAACAUUUUCUGUUCCAAUAAAAUACGUUUUCCAAGAACUAGAAAAACGAGGAGUGGUUUGUGACAAGCGAGAACCAAAUGGCAUCCGAGUGGCUCCAGUUCCUCUCUACAACUCUUUUCAUGAUGUUCAUAAGUUCAUCAGUCUACUUGCUUCUGCACUUGACUCUGCAGAAAUCAAAAAUAACAGUGUUUUCUAGAACAACUUAAGGAAGUGUUACUGAAAGCUUUUAUGGUUAUUAUUAUUUUCAAAUUUUAAUAAUUGGAAGUUUUUCAAAACAGAUUAUACAUACCUGGCAAUGAAUUAUAUACUUUACAGAAAAAUCUGAUAUAUUUUUUCCAAGAGUCUGUUAUCCUGAGGAAUCCACAUGUCUGUCCAAUUUCUUCAUGCUUGGUGGAUCAAAGUUUUCACUGGUUCAAGUAUUAUGUACAUAGUCUUAGCUAGCUGUCACAUUUCGUGGUCAGUGAAUGUUUUAUGUCGAUUUAAUUUAUAAUUUGACUGACAACUUCACAAUAUAUGUGCAAUUUUUUGUGCCAAUUUUAGAAAUGUUACUUUACUUUUAAUUUACCAAAGAGUUUCUUAUAGUCCCUGUAAUUUCACAGUCUGAUAUAUGUAUGAUUUUGCAAUAUUCCAUCCAGCUCUAAUCUAAGGAACAGAAAAUACAUUUUCUAGGGCAGUAGCUUUCAAAUGUUUUGGCCACAAUCCACACUAAGAAAUAUAUUUAAUAUCAAAGACUAGUAUUUAUACGUGUUUAUGCCUUAUUUUAUUAAUUCUAAUAUACAAAUUUUUAUAUUUUAACAUCUGUGAAAGAAUAAUUUAUUUUUCAAUUUUCAAUCAAUAGUUCUUACAGUUGCCAUUGACCAUUCUUUCAUGUUACCAUCCUCGCAUUAGCAUGCUUCUCACAAUGAAUAGAUGAUUUUUAAAAAAUGGGAUAUAGAGCAAAAGUGUCAUAAGUUAUUUGUCCAUGCUCUAUUUUAUUAUUCAUUUUAUCUCAUUACAGCAAGUGUUGGUUGAAACUUGUUAAGUUUAUUUCCCCACCAACUCUUGGGUCCUAAUCCAUUUUACAAGGUUGUCCCUUUAUUUGGUGUUAUCGUAAUUUCUUUUUAAUGGGGACUUGCCCUUACAGAAGCCUGUAGAUGUGACCCUGUCUCUAAAAUAGUGAAACAAAUCAUUCCAAGAUACUUGCGAUUGAGAAUUCGAAUUAACAAAUGAGUGCUUCAUCUCUUAGCCUCUAACCUGAAUCUAUGGCCCUUUCUCUCCACUACGAAAACUACAGUUACACUCAACCCUGUUGGACUUCCCUGUUUUUCCACUGUUGAUGCUACAACCACUAUUCAUGACUUGGCAAAAUAGUCUACAUUUAUAUACCUGGGCAGCAAGAAAGAGUGACUACAAUAUAAUUAGUGCCCCUGAUGAACAAAUUUGAAUGAAAUUAACUUAGACAACCACUAGAGUUAAAUAAAAAGAUGCAAAAUGACAGCAAUACCAGCACCUACUGGUAUGUAUUGAGUUCUCACCCUGUACCAUGUAUGGUGCUGAUCUAUUUGUAUGUUAUCUUGCUUAUUUGAGUGGCUGCAUUACUGCUUUAGCAAAGCUUCCCCCUCCAACUUUUGGCAAAACUCAUCUUUGAGGAUGGAAAAGUUCUCAGAAUCCUACAAUUCAACCCUAUACAACUUCAUGUAAAAGGAAUCGUUUUGAAUUUCACAGUGGUAAGCAAAACAGACAUGGUUUCUGUUCUCAGGGAACACGCAGCUUAGUGGGGGAAAUCCGUAGUAAAACAUAUAAACACCCAGGUAAAUCUAUGAUUACAAACUGGAGGUUUUAUGAAAGAAAAACAGAUAGAUGAUAGUAUAAGAGAAAAUCUCAAGGGUAUUAAUUAGAUGGUCAAGUAAGGGGAGGCAUAUGAAGGUGCUUGUAAGUUUAAGUUUAAAUAUUACGCUAAAAAUUAAAAAAAAUAAAAUAUCUUGCUAAUCACAUUAAAAUUACAUCAAAUUAUGUAUACAAAUUAUUCAAAGACUAAUCAGUACUAUGUCUUCAUCACACAGGAUAGGAAGCAGGGUAUUAGAAAUUUCCUUUCUCGGGGCCCCUGGGGGGGGUUCAGUCGUUAGGCACCUACCUUCGGUUCGGGUCAUGAUCCCAGGGUCCUGGGAUCGAGCCCCA